AUGAUUUCAGAGUCUGCAUUCCCUCUCGCUAUUCUGGUAGCAACAUCUGUAGUUGCUUAUUUACUAUUAAAGAUCGUUCGCACUACGAGUGAACCUGCAGGAGUCUUGCCUCCAGGUCCUGAGCAACUGCCUCUCAUAGGCAAUGUGCACCAGAUGCCUCCUAAAGAAGACUGGCUGACAUUCAGCAAAUGGUCGAAGCAAUAUGGAGAUAUGUUUUACCUUAGCAUCCUUGGAAAACCUCUUAUCGUGGUGAACUCCAUGCAAAUAGCAUCGGAUCUACUGGACAAACGCUCCGUCAACUAUAGCGAGCGGCCUACUUUUCAAAUGGCAGGGGAAAUUAUGGGAUGGUCCAAAUCUGUUGUUCUUUCUCAGUAUGGUGAUAGGCUAAAGCGCUACCGCAAGCUACUUCAGUCUGUCUUGGGCCGGAGCUCUGCACCCCGGUUUCGUCCACUUCAACAAGAGGAAGCUAUGCGUUUUGCUCUCAGGAUGAUGAAGACCCCCGAAGACCUUGUACAACACAUCCGACAUAAUGCGGCCGCGGUGAUAAUGAAGAUUGGAUACGGAUACGACGUGUCCUCUACUUCUGACAGGUACAUUAGUAUUGCAGAGCGCGCGCUUGGUCUUUUUGCAGCGGCAACUGUCCCUGGCGCUCAUCUGGUUGAUCUCUUCACUUGGAUGCGCCACCUCCCCGCCGUGACUUCCAGCAAAGUGGCAAGGGAAGGAAACGCGGCUCUCAUGGAGAUGGUCGAACGUCCAUUUGGAGAUGUAAAGAAGUCGCUCCAGGAGUGUGGCGAAGAGGACCAAUAUUCGUUUGUUAGCGCCAGCCUUCGCGCUCAGGCUGAUGAUGACGAUCAUAUUCAAUGGGCGGCUGCCUCGUUGUAUGCUGGUGGCGCUGAUACCACCGUCUCGGUCGUGGAAACGUUCUUCCUUGCAAUGGCUCUAUAUCCUGACAUUCAGCGUCGGGCACAAGAAGAAAUCGACCGAGUCUGCACGGUAUUUGGUGAUGUAAACACACGCCGGCUUCCAACCAUCAACGACCGCGACGCCCUUCCGUUUACUUGGGCCAUCUACCAAGAGUGCUUGCGAUGGGGCGUUGUCACGCCCUGCCAGUACCAUGUAUCCCGAAACGAAGACGUAUAUGACCUUGAUCACGGCGCAUAUAGCCAGGUUAGGAUUCCGAAAGGUACACUUGUGGUAGUGAACGCUUGGUCCAUCCUCCAUAACCCCGAUACUUACCCGAGGCCAUUCGAGUUUGACCCAACUCGAUACCUUGGCGAGAAGGAAAGCACACAGCCGGACCCUCGUGACGUGGCUUUCGGAUGGGGUCGAAGGCGCUGCCCCGGUACCAUCAUCGGAGAUGAUUACGUCUUUGCAACAAUUUGCACCACGCUCGCGACUCUGUCGAUUUCGAACGCCCGGUCCAAGGCGGGAGUGCCUAUCCCCGUUCCUCGUCCCGAUGUUGAGGCGGACAUGUGGCGUUAUACCACUGGAAGUAUUAGCCAUCCAGAGCCAUUUGAUGUCACAGUGGUGCCUAGGGCUGGGGCCUUGGAUACAGUAGAGGCAGGCACAGACCGCCAUUAA